AUGUCGGUGCGACUUUCUCAAGCUGAACUUAAGAGGGUCGAGUACCCCCGGAUCCCGGUUAGCGCGACUGCUAGCGAUAUUGUCCCCGCCGAUACUUUCCUUCUGGGGCUUGGGUUCAUCAAGGCCGUUAGCAGAUCCAUCUUCAUCGUCGCGGCCAAGCGGUGCCCGUCAAAAAGUCCACGGCUCAUUGGCUGGCCGAUCCCACACCAACCUUCACCAGGAAAGCGCGAAUGGGAAGGAUCCGAAGACUGGGAGUGGCCAACUGCCGCGAUGGAGCUCUCCAGGCGUGUCGCCAGUUUAGGAUCUGACGCCGUUAACAACGUCAGCCCCGUCCGGCCUCCUCCACCUGUCUCCACGCCGAACCAUGUUUCUCGCUGCUUCUCUCACCAUUCCUCGGCAGUUCCGCAGAUCUACGAUUCUCGCAGGGUACCAGAUUCUCCAGCCGCUGCUGCAGCAGUUUGGCAGCACAGCCGGCCCUCACACGUCGCCCGUCUCUCCGUGUUUGCAGGCAAGCAGGCAAGCACAGACUGA